UUAUUUAACCUAUCAUUUUUCAUCAACCUCAGGCUGUGAAAGCACAACAAAAGAUAUUCAAAUGCAGUGGGUUGCCAAUUGUACAUUUCUUUGUUUGUUCCUGCAUUUGUCUGUCGCCCUUGGGGACUGCAACAAUACAAUGAUAGCAUCACUGAUCCAAAACCAAAUGACUCUGCUGGAACAAGUCACCAACAUGGUGGAUAAUGUAUCCAAAUUUAUGUGUCCUUCUAAAAAGCAGAUCGUUUUCCAUGCUGAAACGGGUUCCAGUAAGACCUAUCAAAAAGGUUCUCUCUGGGUCUAUGACAAAGUGAUCACCAAUGUAGGAAAUGCUUACAAUCCUAGCACAGGGAAAUUCACUGCACACACGGACGGGAUCUACCAGUUCAAUUGGUAUACUUUAAGUAAUCCUCAAGUAAUGUCGCAUGCUGGGUUGUUUGUCAAUGGAGUAAUAAAGGCACGUCAGGCGUCCAAUAACAACGGUGGUACAAACCAAUAUAUUACAGCGGGUAGCAGUAUGGCCCUUCUAUUAAACGAGGGGGAUGAAGUUUACAUAAUGGAUGUCCAUGGAUAUACGGCCAAUCUGGGAAGUCAGUGGACAGCAUUUGGUGGCGUACUGAUAAACUGACA